UCUUUAAAUAUCCUCCAUCGAUCCACUCAUAUCUCUCCUCUGAACUAAACAAACCAGAAGAGAAAAUUGAAAUAGAAUGAUCUCCAUGGCCGUGGGUUCAAUAUUCAAAGUGGAUGAGACUCAUGAGACCACCAAGAUAGCUUCCAUGGAGUCAAAAGCUGUUGGGUUGAAGAUUCUUACUACUAACACCCCUCAACUCAAUCAUUCCAAACCCAUUUUCCAAAGGAAUCAAAUUCCUUCUUCUGGUUCCGGUUUCAUCAAAUCUUGCUUUCUUUGCCACAAACAUAUUUCCUUUAAUAAAGACGUUUAUAUGUACAGAGGGGAUCAAAGUUUCUGUAGCGAAGAGUGCAGGAGUAGACAAAUAUACAUAGAUGAUAUUAAACAACUUGAGAUCUCCACCAAGAAAAUGGUACAACGCUAUCGCCAAUCUCCAUCCAUCUCCAUGGCAUCGCCUGUAUUUUGUUUGUAGGGCUGAGGUCUUGAUUUUUUGGGUUUGGUUGGAGACAAUGAAGAGAGAUAUGUUUAGAUUCUAGAUGUUGAUAGGUAGAGUAUAUCAUGUUUACGGAGUUAUACAGUAAUUUAUGUUUAUACGUAUCUAAAGAAUGGGUGAAAAGAAUUUGAACCCUGUAUUUUUUUAUAUGGGUCUUGUAAUAAU